UUUUUAUGAAUUAUUUCAGACACACAUCUCCAAAUUUCCCCCUAGGAAAAAACCCUUCCCUCUACUCCUCCCUCCCACUGCCUCUCUCUCUCUCCCUCCCUCUGCCUCAAGUUCAAAACGAAACCUCCCAUUCCAUUUCCCUCUAUCCACACUUCCCUCAGAUCUCAAGGUGAACGUUUCUCGAGUACCCAUUUUGCAAUUCCCUGCAGAGAAGAGUUUUGUGAUAUAUAGGGAAAGGAGAGCGGACGGGAGUGGCGUUUGAGAACUUGGAUGUCUCUCAUGUGAGAUGAAGAAGACGACCCUCUUCACCCAUUUUGAUCUCUCGCUCCUCAUUGUUUUCUUUCUCGGUACAGUCUCCGUCUGUGCCGCUGAACGGCUCCUUAUCACCCCCAAUGGAGGCCUUACCGACGCUGAGGCCUUGUACAUCCGGCAGCGUCAGCUCCUGUACUACAGGGACGAGUUCGGCGACAGAGGUGAGAAUGUCUACGUUGACCCAUCUCUGGUCUUCGAAAACCCGAGACUUAGAGAUGCUUAUAUAGCUUUGCAAGCUUGGAAGCAAGCUAUUCUAUCUGAUCCCUUCAAUCUAACCAGUGACUGGGUUGGAUCUAGUGUCUGUAACUACAAUGGGGUGUUCUGUGCCCCUGCACCUGAUAACCCCAAGAUCCGAACCGUCGCCGGCAUUGAUCUUAACCACGGUGACAUUGCUGGGUACUUGCCGGAGGAGCUCGGGCUACUCGUUGAUCUUGCAUUAUUCCACAUUAACUCGAACAGGUUUUGUGGUACUGUGCCGCACAAGUUCAAGAACCUGAAGCUUUUGUUCGAGCUUGAUAUCAGUAACAAUCGCUUUGCCGGUAAGUUCCCAGAGGUGGUGUUGAACCUCCCGCAGCUCAAGUUCCUGGAUCUGAGGUUCAAUGAGUUUGAAGGGACUGUACCCAGGGAGCUGUUCGACAAGCCAUUGGACGCAAUCUUCAUCAAUCACAACAGAUUCACGUUCGAUCUGCCAGACAAUUUCGGGAACUCGCCGGUGUCGGUGAUAGUGCUGGCCGACAACAAGUUCCACGGGUGCAUCCCGGCGAGCAUAGGCAACAUGUCCAACCUCAACGAGAUCAUCAUGAUGAACAACGGGUUCAGAUCUUGCUUGCCUGUCCAAAUUGGGUUGCUCGCGAAUUUGACGGUGUUCGACGUGAGUUUCAACGAGCUAUUGGGCCCAUUACCGGACUCCUUUAGCAACCUGGUCAGCAUUGAACAGCUUAAUGUGGCCCACAACUUGCUGUCCGGAAAAAUCCCUGCCGGUAUCUGUAAAUUACCGAGUCUUCAGAACUUCACCUUCUCGUAUAACUUCUUCACUGGUGAGCCACCGACGUGCUUGAGCCUUCCGGACUUCAGCGACCAGAAGAACUGCUUGCCCAAUAGGCCGGUCCAGAGGUCCGCCGGGCAAUGUAAGUCGUUCUUGUCUAAGCCUGUGGAUUGCAAUUCCUUUAGAUGUUCCCCUUCCGCUCCCGUUCUCCCUGCCCCCACUCCGCCUUCUCCACCUCUUCCUUCACCUUCGCCGCCUGUCCUCUCAUCUCCACCACCGUCUCCACCGGUAUUAUCGCCUCCACCAUUUCCACCGGUCUCAUUGCCACCACCGUCGCCACCGGUUCUAUCGCCACCUUUUCCACCGGUAUUAACGCCUCCACCAUUUCCACCGGUCCUAUCGCCACCUUCUCCACCGGUCUUAGUGCCACCACCUUUCCCACCAGUGUAUUCCCUGGCUCCACCUCCACCGCCACCACCAGUUCAUUCGCCACCCCCACCUCCACCUCCAACUUCACGGUCACCACCCCAACCAUCUCCUCCACCACCUUCGCCACCACUGCCACCUGAAUCUGCACCACCGACCUCCCCGCCGCCACGUACUCCAUACUAUGUGGUCUCUCCACCACCGCCAGUUUCUUCGUUGUCCCCACAGCCAUCGAUGCCACACUAUAGUUCACCACCUCCGCCCCCACCUCCUCCGCCGCCGCCUCCAUCUCCUACGCCUCCAACGUCUGUCUAUUCUCCACCUCCCCCUCCUCCAUCGCCUUUACCUUGUGUUGAACCGCCACCACCUCCCCCAUCGCCAUCCCCUUGCGUAGAACCACCACCAUCAUCACCACCAGUUCAUUACUUGCCACCCCCACCCCCGCCUCCUACAGUUUACAAUUCGCCACCCCCACCUACACCUUCACCUUCUCCGCCCCCACCAGUUCACUACCAAUCCUCUCCACCCCCUCCGUCACCACCAACGCCAAUUGUUUAUGAAAGCCCGCCACCUCCGACUCCCGUAUACGAGGGGCCUUUGCCACCAAUCACCGGAGUUUCAUAUGCAUCUCCUCCGCCACCGCCUUUCUACUGAUUCUUUUGAGAAUUUUCCUCUUAACCUUUCGUCAACCACGAGCAGAAGUCACAUUAAUGGGAACGGCCAUUGCUUCUUUUUCCUCUUCCUGUGCUCUAUCUCCACCUACUCUUCUUUCUCGUUGGGCGAUUCUCGCCGCUCAUGGAGGAAGGAUAAACAUAGAGAACGUAAAAGGGUGUGUCGCAGCUCUAGAAAUGAUAUCCAGCAUUGUUGUCAAAGAAGUAGGGAAGAGGCGAAAGAUAGAGGGAGAGAGAGAGACAACGAAGAGAGAAUGGUGAGAGGAGAAAGUCGCUCCAGCAUUUAUUUGAAUUGUUAUGGAUAUUUUUGAGUUGUGAAAUAAAAUUUGCAGUGGAAGAGUAGGGUUGCAGAAAAAGUGCAUGUAUAGGGAUGAAAACUGGAGACCAUAAUUCAGUGCUUGGUACAAAGACAGGCAGCACUUUCUGCUGCUGCUUCAUGUUUGUGGGUUUUAUUGUUGUUGUGUCUCUCUUUGAUAUCAUACUUUAUUUCUUAUUCCUUUCCUAUUUAUGGUAUAAUCAUGAACAUUUUAUUUGUAUUUGAUUAUCUAAAUUCAGAUCAAUUCCUUCUCA